AUGAACCCAGGUCUCGACCAAAGCAUGAUGCCUAGCUACGAUCAUCAUAUGGAACAAAUUAAAUCCCACUCACCUUUGCAUGGACAAGGACCAUCUCCAUCUAACAGAGACCUUGAAGCUUCUUCUUUGUCAAAGUCAACAAAAUGCUCUAAAGCAAAACGAUCAAUGUCAACUCCAAACAUCAGAACUUCUUCCAAUUCUGAUGCAGCUGCUUUGGCUUUGGUUAAUGACAAGAGAAGAAAUAAGUUGGGUUAUCAUAGAACUUCGGUAGCUUGUGGUCACUGUCGUCGGCGCAAAAUCAGAUGCAUACCAGCUCCAGCAGAUCCUCAGAAUCGAUGCUCAAACUGCAUUAGAUUGAAAAAGGAAUGCAACUUCUAUCCCGUUGAUCAGCAACCUAAGCCAGAACCCAAGCGUCGAGGUUCUAAAGCCCAAAGUGGAACUGGAGGAGCCUCUCAAUCAUCUUCACCAUCAAUUCCAUCUGGCCAGCUACCCGAUAUGCAGCCUAGCCUUCCGUACAUCUUAAACAUACCAUCGAUCCAGAACCUAGGAGGAGCUCAGACUAAAAAGGAGAGGACCGAGACCUUUUCUCCCGAGACCAAGGUGAUAACUUCAUCGCGAAGCUUUGAAUACAAUGGUGGGCACACCGCUUGGAUGGCUCCAGAAGCUUCUCCAGGUACCAAAAAUACAGCGGACAUACCUGGAAAUUACUGGUCCGCCAACUCACAUGAAUCUCCAAUGACUCCAGGUUUCUCACCUUACACCACCCCCAAUAUGCACAUGCCCAAUGCUCAGAACUGGCAAAGGAAAGGCCAUCAUGGUCAACCCGAAGCCAAUCCAAGAGAGCCGGAAUGGCCUGCACCACAGCGAUCUGUUUCGUAUGGCAACUUAGAAGGAAUGCAUACCAGCAAUCAACACCCCGCUUAUGGCCUCCCGCAUCCAACAGAAUCAUAUGCUUCUGUGAGAACCCGUGCUCAUAACGGUGCCAUGUACCCACCCAAUAUUACAACUACGCAUCCACACUCAGCAGCUGAAAUUUCAUCCGCAUCAACAAUCGGAACAGCCUAUACACAUUCUGCAACUCCAGUUUCCGCCGGAUCCUACCCAGCCUGGAAUCGACCGUAUGCUGGCUGUUAUGCGAAGGUCUCACCUGCAAUCGAUACAUACGCUUCAUGGAAUGACGCUCAAGGAGGCCAGCGUAUUGUGGAAGAAGAAGAAAGCGUCGGAGAAUAUGGCGGAUAUGGCAAUUCUGGAGGCGGGGUCUAUUAUGCUGGCCAGCCACAUGCAGCAUGCCGUUAG